GACUUCCAGAACGGUUUUAGAAAGAAUAGAAGUUGUGAAGACCACAUAUUAUCCCUUUAUAACAUAAUAAAUGAUAGGAACGUCAAGCGGAAGCCCACUUUCAUCUGCUUUGUGGAUUUUAAACGUGCUUUUGAUGGAACCCAGAGACAUAAAUUAUGGCAUAAGUUGCGAAAAAUUCCUCAAUGCCACACAUGCUCUAUACCUGAAUACGACUAG